UCUGAUAAGAAUGUCUGGACAUUCCUGUACACACUAUUGUCUAUAUAUGUCUACCAACCAACGUUAAACAAGUCAUGGAUAUCACCGUUAUAUAUUAUUAUCAAGCAUGGGCGUCUAUAUUUAUUGCAUUUGUUGCAGCACAAAGUGGCCCAUUGUGCUAUAAUUGUGACAGACUUCCCAAACAACGUGACUGCAAUACUAUUGUCCAGUGUGGACCAAAUGAGAGGUGUUAUGGCGAACAUUACGUCACUUCCGGUGCAGUCCAGAUGUUCCGUUCAGGAUGCAAGGAUACGGCUCACUGUUCCAGGAAAAAGAAAAAGUCGGAAUCAACUCUGUGCACGUCGUGUUGUACACGUGACUACUGUAACAUACAACUCUGCGACAGACCAAUACAGUUGGGUAAAAGGUGUCUUGCAUGUGAUGACGUCAUUGAUCCACGAAUGUGUACACGUGACAUACAAUGUGAUGCCGAUCAGAUGUGUUACGCAGAAGAGAUUUACAAUGUUAACAAAGAGAAGCGCUAUCGUCUAGGCUGUGCACCGAAAUUGAGUUGUGGAUAUUUCGGUGCUCCACAAAUUGGCCGGCGACACGUGACGGGUUCGAGCCACUCACGGGCGACUACGUCAUACUGUGGACAGUGCUGCGACACUGGGAAAAACUGUAACCGUGAUCUGUGUCGCACAGGUGCCGUCGGAUAUGACCUGUUGAUGCCACCUCCUCUACAGAACUGUUUCGACUACGACAGUUCUUACUGCGCAGGUCUGAUAGCGUCUGACCCGUUGGCAUGUAACGAGCGUACGGUCCGCUAUCUCAUGUGUCCUAGGAGCUGUAGCGUCUGUUCGGGAGCCGGAGGUAUCCCUGGAAACCAGGCAACCACUGCAGUCCAACCGAAAACGACAGCGACACCAAGCGGCCAAUGUCCGCCAAAGUUCGAACUGCAACGUUGUCAGGUGAUUGAUUGUGCUAUCGGCUUGUGUGCUGACCCUAUCCUACGACCACUAUGUCCGGAGUACUGUUCAGGCUUGUGUAUAGCCGUGGAUUGUUCAAAUACUAAAUUUGCUAAUACCUAAAGUUAAUUUCGAUCAAAGGUUAAUGCAUACAUUAUGUUCUUUGUCCAAAGUUCUGUACAUCCUUCCAAUAAAUUAUUUGU